CGGAGCAAAGGGCCGGGGCGUGGAUUUCGCGGCCGGCUAAAGAGUGCCGGAGGAAGCCUAGGUUGUAAUUCCACCUGGAGCUCUUUGCCGGGGCUGCAGCGGUGGGGCGACCCAGCGGGGAAGAGCGGCCUCGCGUCGAGCCAGGGAGGCGCACCUAAGCUAUCGGCGAAAGCGGGAUGGAGGAGGAGGAGGCUAAAACAAAUAACCAGCAGGAGCUCCUGCAGAGAAGGAAAAAUGCAAUCUUAGUGGAUGGUGUAAUUUUAAAUGGCCCAGUAGCAGAUGCAAAAGCAGGAGAAAAAUUUGUGGAAGAGGCCAGUAAGAUUAUUAUGGAAGAGGUGAUAAAGAAGGCUGCUGAUGUAUCAGAAAAGGUGUGUGAAUGGCACCCUCCUGAAAAGCUGAAAACUCUUCUUGAUUUGGAAUUGAAAGACCUAGGAGAGACACAUCAGAAACUCUUGCAGUUUUGCCAAGAUGUUAUAAAAUUCAGCGUCAAAACCAAUCAUCCAAGAUUUUUUAAUCAGUUGUAUGCUGGGAUUGAUUAUUACUCUUUAGGGGCACGUUUCAUUACAGAAGCAUUAAACCCAAGUGUAUACACCUAUGAGGUGUCCCCGGUGUUUUUGUUAGUAGAAGAAGUAGUCCUAAAGAAAAUGAUUGAAUUUAUUGGAUGGGAAGAAGGCGAUGGCAUAUUUAAUCCAGGUGGAUCUGUUUCUAAUAUGUAUGCAAUGAACUUGGCAAGGUACAAAUACUGUCCCGAUAUAAAGGAAAAAGGGCUUUCAGGGAUGCCUCGACUGGUUCUCUUUACAUCAGAAGAGUGUCAUUACUCUGUGAAGAAGGCAGCAUCGUUCUUGGGGCUUGGCACACAAAAUGUUUACUUCAUUAAGUGUGAUGAAAGAGGUAAGAUGAUACCUGAGGAACUGGAGAAACAAGUCCAGCGGGCCAGGAAAGAGGGUUCAGCACCAUUUUUUGUCAGUGCUACAGCUGGCACCACAGUUUUGGGCGCAUUUGAUCCUCUGGAUGAAAUAGCUGACAUCUGUGAAAGACAUGACCUUUGGCUGCACGUUGAUGCUUCAUGGGGAGGCUCAGCUUUGCUGUCAAGGAAGCACCGCAGACUACUGCAUGGCAUCCACAGGGCAAAUUCUGUGGCGUGGAAUCCUCAUAAGAUGCUAAUGGCGGGAAUACAAUGUUGUGCUCUUCUAGUGAAAGACAGUUCUGACUUGCUUAAGAGAUGCUACUCUGCCAAUGCCUCAUACUUGUUCCAGCAAGACAAAUUCUAUGACAUCAGCUAUGACACAGGUGACAAGUCAAUCCAGUGCAGCCGAAGAGCAGAUGCAUUCAAAUUCUGGAUGACGUGGAAGGCACUGGGGACAGUUGGCCUUGAGGAGAGAGUAAACAGAGCCCUUGCCUUAGCCAGAUACCUAGUGGAUGAAAUCAAGAAGAGAGAAGGAUUCCAUUUGCUGCUGGAGCCUGAAUAUGCGAAUGUGUGCUUUUGGUACAUUCCACCUAGUUUGAGAAACAUGGGAAAAGGACAUGAAUUCUGGGAGAAGCUCCAUCAUGUUGCACCUGUCAUUAAAGAGAGAAUGGUGAAGAAAGGGAGCAUGAUGUUGGGGUACCAGCCUCAUCAGGGCAAAGUUAAUUUCUUCCGCCAAGUCAUUAUCAGCCCCCAGGUGAUCCGUGAGGACAUAGACUUCUUACUUGAUGAGAUUGACUCACUUGGAAAGGACUUGUAGUUGAUAUUCCACAACACGCUGUGUUUCUUACGUGGGGAUAGAAUUUGUGGAAUAAGAAUGUUAGUGGCAUAAUCAGAAUGUUACUAGGCCAUGUAAUCAAUAACAUGCUCAAAUGACUAAAAUACCAGGGGUAUUGGAAGCCAGUUUUCACUGCUCCUCUAAGAAGAUGCUGAUGCUAUUUGAAGAAGGCAUUUUGUUUCUACUGUUGGCAGGUAUUAGCUAAUAAUUUAAUGUUAAAAGGGUUAGAUUAACUGUUGACAUAAAUUACUUUAAAUUAGUUGAACUGAAAAGACUUAAGACCCUGACAUGGUAGGAUCAGUGUAUCCCAGUGUGUAUGAAGAAGUACCUUCAUAUGUAUUGUGAAAAUUAAAGUUUGGGGUCUUGGGAUUAAUGAGGUUGUGUAGCUACAAGCUCAGCUGUACACUGAUUGUUACCUAUCAAUUUUUCCAGAAAUUUGUAUUAUUUUCUUUAGAGAUAAAAAUGAUGCAAUUUAAGCAUUAUGUUGUUUUCACCUUUUGAAAAACAAUUGCACUUAGUAAAUCACAGUUCAUACCUAACCUAAAACAUCAGCUGAAUACUUCAUGAGCAUUUUAGAGACUUAUUCAAAUUAAAAUUGUGUGUGUGAGUGUGUGUGUAUGUGUGUGUCCUAGAGCUGUAUUUUUUAUACUGCACGACUAUUUAAAAUAAGGAUUAGUGUACUAAUUCCUCCAUUGAUGUGUGUUUUUAGAGAUGUAAAAGUAUUUCAUUUGGGCAGAAUACAAACAUGGAACAAAAAGUAAUGUCUGUAAUAAUUUGAAAUUUGGUUAUAAUAUUGAAAUAAAGACAUAUUUGUGAAGCUGAAAAGAAUGCUUUUAACCUAUUUUCCCCAAUUAAUUCAUUUAUUAUGAUAUGUUUUAACAAACUCAUUUGUUACUCAUAGUCUUGUUUUGGUACUGUAUGUACUUGUGCUGUUGAAUCUGGAGAUUGUUUGUAAUCCUUAAUUUAUUAGAGAUCUGUAUUUUACCUGCUGCUGUCAGAUCUGAAAUAUACAUGCAUCUAAUACACAA